UCCAAAGAUUCCCUAUUUGUAAACACAAAAAUAAAAUAGUGAAUUGUACAUCUUGGCAACCUGGCAGCAUGCUACAUAACGAAAACAUGUCUAGUGAAAAAUGCAUAAAAUGCAACAAAAAAGCCGCAAAAAAUAGUUAUAAGUGUGUGAAAUGCGAAAAUGUGGUUCAUCAAAAGUGUGCAGAUGAAGAAAUACCCAGAGAUAGUGAUUUUGUAUGUGAAAAUUGCCUGGAAAACAACUCGUUAAACAGUUCAGUGACGUCGGAGAAUGGCACUAUUAUUCUGAGCGAGGAACGUAAGACACAGAAUGAAGUUGUAAUAAGCGAUCUUAUGAAAGAAAAUGAUCGAUUGUUACGUGAAAAUGAACUUCUUAAUAAACUCGUAAGUGAAAUGACCGACAAAAACAAUUUAUUGCUGUUCAAAAUUUCCAUCUUGGAGAAAAACAAUAAUACUUUGGAAAAACCAUGGCAACACCGAAAUUUAAGUAAAAAUUCAGACGCUCCAACUCAAAUGCCAUCUAGCACGCAUACCGCAAACCACACCACUCAAAAUCAUACAGCGCCACCUCACGACGUAGCCAAAAGUCGUCGUACUCGCCGCACAUCCACCAGAUCAACCUCCGUGUCGCCGCCAGUGCUGCCAUCUCCUGGUACCAGUGACAACCACCAAGAAAUUAAUAAGGUUAGGGAAAAUAACAAGGUACUGAGCAUCGUAGGUGAAGUUGAGCCUACACUAAGCACCGCCGGAGCCGAAAACGGUCUUCAAGGACUUUCAGUUCUAAAGGUCAGAUCAUGCUCAUGGGGGUGUUGCCAUUUUUGUUUUGGAUGAUCUUAGAAGUUCUUUUAUCCCUGUCGAUCUGAAGCCUUAUACCACCGAGCUGUCAUUGGAAUGCUGUGCUGUAGAAUUAGUAACAAACAAAGCAAUAUUCAUAACAUUAUAUCGAACAGGUAAAUCUUGUUUUUAUGAUUUUCUUCAGGGUUUUGAGGCAUUACUCACUUAUAUCAGCCCUAAGUAUAACAUUAUAGUCAUAGCUGGAGAUUUUAAUACCGACUUCUGUAACAAUUCAUUACAAUUGCAAGACCUAAAGUAUUUAAUAAAGACUUUUGGAUUAAAAACAACAAUUAUAGAUUAUACGAGAGUGACCAACACAAGUACAACUUGCAUAGAUAAUAUUUUGACAAAUUUAGAUGAGUCUGAAUAUACAGUUUCUGUAAGAGAUCCCUGUCUCUCAGACCACUAUGCCCAAAGUAUGCUUGUACAUUUAAAUUCUAUUAAAAAAGAAAAUAUUGUUCAUACUAGGAAAAUCACAAACGCUAGCCUAAAUCAUUUAAAUCUCUCGUUAUCCAACAUAGAUUGGACAAAAUAUUAUGUCAAUCAUGAUGUGAUUAGUCUCUCUUCUUUUCUCGUAGAAUCAAUAAAUGAACUUAAAGAUUUAUAUUUUCCAUUACAAAAGCAAAAGCAACAUUUUCAGAGACAGCCAGUAAAAUGGUUUAAUAGUGAACUUAAGACUGCUAGGUCCUCUCUUCAGGUUCUAAAAACAAUAUCGGAGCAUCAAAAAGACGAACAGUCAAAAAAUGCCUUUAAAACCUUUCAGAGACAAUACAGACAAAAAAUUAGACAUGCUAAAUAUAGUGCAUAUAAUAAUUUUAUUCAUUCAUCGGAAAAUAAAAGUAGGGACUGUUGGAGGCUAGUAAAUUUUGAAAGAAAUAAAUCCAAACCAAUGUCAUUAACUGAUAUCACAUCAGACAUGUUUAACGACUUUUUUGUAUCCGCAGCCAAAAAUAUAAUAAAAAGCCUACCUAAUCUUAAUAUUAAUGAGCUAAAUACCAUAAAUUUUAAUAAGUGUAAUAAAACCUUUUUUUUGGAGCCUGUUACAUAUCUAGAUGUUUUGAAUGCUAUUGGUGAAUUAAAAAAUAAGCAAUCUCUUGAUAUUUAUGACCUAAACAGCAAAGUAAUAAAACACUGUGCAAAUACUCUUGCUACACCACUUGCUCAUCUAUAUAACUCCUGUCUUUCUCAGGGAAUAUUCCCUGAUGUUUUUAAGAUUAGUAAGGUAGUACCAGUUUUUAAAAAAGGUGACCAAUCUGAUGUAAACAAUUUUAGACCCAUUUCCAUAAUUCCUAUCUUUGGCAAAAUUUUAGAAAUAAUUUUAAAGCACCGCCUUUUAAAAUUUUUAAAAAUAAAUAACAUCAUUAAUCCAAAGCAAUUUGGUUUUCAGCCAGGUCUGUCAACCAUAAAUGCACUAGCGGAACUUAUUGACCACAUAGUCCAGGGCCUUGAAGGGGGAAGAAGUGUACAAAUUACCCUUUGUGACCUUAGCAAGGCCUUUGACUGUGUGGAUCAUGAGAAGCUGCUGUGUAAAAUGGAGC